AUGGCCACGAAUUUUGAGCGUCGCCAUGUUUCCAAACUCGUCCCGGCGGACCACAGGGUCCUCAUGCCCUUGCUUCUGGCCGUGGCCGUCAUCAACUCUGCAACCCUAGGUUAUGACGGAUCCGUGAUGAAUGGCCUGCUCAUCUUGCCUUCCUACUCCGAAUACUUCCACCUCACCACCGCAACAGAGGGCCUCAACAAUGCGGCCAUGUGGAUUGGGCAUAUUAUCGGCGCCUUCAUCACGCAGCCGAUCCCAGACCGGAUCGGGCGACGUCGUACAAUCUACGUUUCUGCGGUUGUACUAGCCGUUGGGAUCUCGCUCCAAGCCGCGGCGCAGAACAUCGCCAUGUUUGUCGUUGCCCGUAUUAUCGUGGGUAUUGGCGCAAACAUCAGCAGCGGCGCUGCGCCAGUUCUGCUGGCUGAACUGCUACCCCCUCGCCAGAGAGCCCGUAUCCUAGGGCUCUUCUUCUCAUGCUAUUUCGUUGGAAGUCUGACAUCAUCCAUUAUCAACUACGGCAGCCAGAACAUGCAGAGCACUUGGGCCUGGCGUCUUCCUUCACUACUCCAGUUUGUUCCUAGUUUGGUAGCCAUCAGUAUCGUGCCCUUUGUUCCAGAAUCUCCCCGUUGGCUAAUCGCCAAGGAUCGCAAUGACGAGGCAUUGGAGGUCUUAAUCAUCAUGCAAGGCAAAGGCAAGACGGACAUACGGAAAGGCAAAGAAGAACUUCGCGUGAUCAGAGAUACCCUCAUGCGCGAAGCAAGAGAGCUCCCGCGUAAUCCCUGGAGGGAAAUUCUGACAAAAGCCAACCGGAGAAGACUGGUCAUCCUAGUCACUUUCGGCUCUAUGAUUGAGAUGUUUGGGAAUUUCAUUAUCUCAUACUACCUGACCAAGAUACUCGACCAAGCGGGCAUUACGGCUACGAAAACCCAGACGCAGGUCCAGGUCAUCAUCAACUGCUGGUCCUUUGCCAUUGCUAUCCUUGGUAGCUUCAUGCUGGACAUUCUAGGACGUAGGAUCCAAAUGUUCAUUGGCGUUGGCGGGAUGGUGGCCACGCUAUUGUUGAUCGGAGGCCUCAUUAAGCAUUACGGCGAGAGCACGUAUACCCCAGGCAUUUACGGCACCAUCGCGGUGAUAUUCCUGUUCCAAGGAUUCUAUGCUUUCUCCGUCACCCCGUUGACGAGUCUCUACCCGACCGAGGUGUCCCCUCUCAAGCUACGAACCACGGGUAUCGCGAUUUUUCGCAUGCUGGAUUCGGGGUUCGGUCUCCUGGCCUCCUUUGCCAUGGCCUAUGCAAUGGCUGACCUUGGAUGGAAGUUCUAUUUUAUCAACGCGGCUUGGGACUUUGUUUACAUUAUCAUCGUCUACUUUACCUUCGUCGAGACGAAAGGCCUCACGCUUGAAGAGAUCGCAGCCAAGUUUGAGAAGAUUGAAGUGAUGCCUGAUGCCGAGGUUCAAACCGGUGUUGAUGAAGACUCGGAGUCAUAUACAAGCAAGGCUGAGGAGGUUGUUUCCAAAGCGAGGGAGGUGUAG